AUGGAUUUGAUCGGUCCGGUCCGGUCCGGUUGGCUUGAAGAGAGAGUACUGAGGAGCCACCUGCUGUACGACUGCGGGCAGAGCCUGAACCCGGCGGUGGACCUCGGCCAGGUGGAGGGGUCGUUCGUGCAAGGCGUGGGCUUCUUCACGAACGAGGAGUACGCGACGAACGCGGACGGGAUGGUGAUCAACGACGGCACCAUCCCCACGGUGGACACCAUCCCCAAGCAGCUCAACGUGGAGCUCGUCAACAGCGCGCGCCACCGCAACCGGGUGCUCUCCUCCAAGGCCUCCGGCGAGCCGCCGCUGCUGCUGGCCGCGUCCGUGCACUGCGCCAUGCGGGAGGCCAUCAGGGCGGCCAGGACCGAGUUCUCCGCCGACUCGCCGCUCACGUUCCAGAUGGACGUGCCCGCCACCAUGGCCCACGUCAAGGAGCUCUGCGGCCUCGACGUCGUCGAGAGCCACCUACACAGCCUCUCCGCCGCCAAGGCGUGAUGCUGUUUCAAACAGCCUGUUUGUCAGUUGUGUAGACGAGCCAGGGUUUGGGACAAUGGCCGGUGUGCUUGUGUCAUGCUG